AUGUGGUAUUUGGUUCGAGUCAUGGCCCAUCCGGCUGCUAAUGGGAUCUGGGAAGGGUCGGCAAAUGGGGUCGGCAAACUGGGAAACAUCAAUGUUGCGGGCUACGAGAAUGAAGAUUCUGUACUUCAUUCUGGCUAUGAUGCUAGUCACGGGCCCGAAGAGGGAAGUGGUGGUAGUCCACAAGAUUUUUGUGGUGGCGGCUACGGAUGGGGUUCAGGGAAUCCUCCCAGUGGCAGCGGUUAUCUGCCGACCGUCACUGUCAAUGACUGCACGACCAGUGCGCCUACCACCACCGUGACCGUCACUAUUGACGCUAGCGGCAUGGGCUCUGCGACUGUCACGGAUUCCCAGACAGCAUGCAUUGCGACCGUUACCGAAGAGGGCAAUGACUGUUUUGAAACGGAUACUAUCACCAACACUAUCACCAAUACCGUGACAGAAAACAUUGCCAUCACUAGCACCGACUGCGUCGUCACUGAACUCACCACGAUCACCAAACUAUCACCACUGCCGGCCCCACCGCGACUUCCACCGUGA